AUGCCAAUGAAUACUAAUGAUGAUUCAGCUGAGACUCUUAAAUUUGCAGAAAGACCAGAUUUCCUGAAAACUGAAAUAUCUGAAUUGCAACAAGACAAUAGUACAAAAAAUGAAAAUAGAAAUUCAAGCUGUAGCCAAAAUAUUAUGACUGAAUAUCAACCAUGCGAUUCUGGGACUCAUCCUCAUAUGAAUGAGAAUUUAUAUGAUUCUAUAUUGCUCACCAAUAUAACUACAAAUAAUUCAAUUCAGAAAAAUAAUCGAAUUGAGAUGCAAAAAUUUAUACAAGAGUUGAGUUUGGAAUUUGACUUGAAAUCAAUUGAAGUUAUUAACAGAAAUAGAAAGCAGGGUAUACUUGAUAAUACUGAAAAUGAAGCUAUUGAACUAGUCUAUAUGUAUUAA